UCCCCCAACUCAUGAAAAAGUAAAAUCAUUAUGGCCAUCCCAACAAUCAAACUUGGGUCCCAAGGCCUUGAAGUAUCAGCUCAAGGGCUUGGGUGCAUGGGCAUGUCCUCAUACUAUGGCCCUGCUCAGCCACAAGAAGACAUGAUCGCCCUCAUCGGCCACGCUGUCGCGGCCGGGGUUACGUUCUUAGAUACCUCCGACAUAUACGGGCCGUUCACCAACGAGACCCUCCUCGGCAAGGCUCUUAAGGGGGAUGGGGUUGGGGACAAAGUUCAGUUGGCUACCAAAUUUGGCCUCCAUCUUGCCAACGGUAACUUUGAGGUCCACGGUGAUCCGGCCUACGUUAGGGCCGCGUGUGAGGCCAGCUUGAACCGUCUCGGGGUUGAAUGUAUCGAUCUCUAUUAUCAACAUCGAAUCGACACUAAAGUUCCCAUUGAACUCACGAUUGGGGAGUUGAAGAAACUAGUUGAAGAAGGGAAAAUAAAAUACAUAGGUUUAUCUGAAGCUUCAGCCUCUACCAUUAGAAGAGCUCAUGCAGUUCAUCCAAUCACAGCGGUUCAAAUCGAAUGGUCUUUGUGGGCUCGAGAUGUUGAACAAGAUAUCGUUCCUACUUGCAGGGAAUUAGGCAUUGGAAUUGUGGCAUACAGUCCUCUGGGAAGGGGUUUUCUAUCAUCUGGGGCCAACUUCAUUGAGAACUUAUCAGAAGAUGACUACAGAAAGAAACUCCCUCGAUUUCAACCCGAAAACUUGAAACAUAACAAGACCAUAUUCGAGAAGGUUAGCGAAUUGGCAGCUAGAAAAGGGUGCACCACAUCUCAACUGGCUCUAGCAUGGGUUCACCAACAAGGGUCCGAUGUGGUUCCAAUUCCUGGAACCACUAAGCUUAAAAAUCUCCAAUCAAACAUUGAAGCUUUGUCAUUGAAACUUACCCCACAAGAAAUGGCGGAACUUGAAGCUUAUACCUUAGCUGAUGGAGUUAAAGGAGGUAGAUAUGGUGAUGACCUUUCCACUUGGAAUCAAUCUGAAACACCACCACUUUCUUCAUGGGAAUUUUGAGCUACUUCUCCACAACAAUAUCAUGCAAAGCUUUACUUCCCAUGUCGUCUUUUAAUAAUCGUUGCAUCUCCAUUCAUAAAUCUCUCUAUUCUCUUAUUAAUCACUAGAUACAAAUUCGAUUGUAUUAUGUUGAAUUUAAUGCAAAAUUGUCCUUGAAUAACUUUCAUAUGAUAUGUGGUGUGUUUUUCAAUAAUAAAGAAAAACUAUUUUACUCAUAAA